AUGACCUUCCGUUACUAUGUGAUGGCCAUCAUCUUUUCACUUAUCCUUUCAUUUUUCAACCAGUUCUUCUGGUUCCGCACUCAUCCUAUGACAAUCUCGACAUUGGUCAUCCAAUUGUUGUCUUACCCCUUUGGUCGAUUUCUCGCCCGUGUUUUGCCCGCUGGUCCUCUUAACCCUGGCCCCUUCUCCAUCAAAGAACACGUCUUGGUCGCCUUGACCGCCAACUGUGCUGGUGGUACUGCCUAUGCAGUCGAUAUCACAGUCAUCCAAAAAGUCUUCUAUGGUGAGGACUUUGGUUUCCUUGCCAACUUCCUCCUUAUUCUUUGCACACAGAUGUUGGGUUAUGGUAUGGCUGGCGUUCUCCGUCGUUACCUUGUCUACCCUGCUGCUAUGAUCUGGCCCGCCAAUUUGGUCCAGGUUGCAUUGUUUAAUACUUUGCACAAGGAUGAGGAGCUUGCUCCUGGUCAGUGGUCUCGCUUCAAGUUCUUCUUGGUUGCCACUUCAGGCAUGUUCUUGUACGCUUGGAUCCCAGGUUUCAUCUUCCCUGUCCUCAGCUCCAUUGCCUGGAUCUGCUGGAUCAAGCCUGAUAACUUGGUCCUUUCUCAGCUCACCGGUGCUGGUGGCCUCGGAUUCGGAGCUAUUUCACUUGACUGGAACAACAUUGUUUCCUUCUUGGGUUCACCCCUCAUUAUUCCCUGGUGGGCUCAGGUUAAUAUCGGUCUUGGUUUUGUCCUCAUUGCUUGGGUCAUGGUCCCUAUUGCGUACUACACCAACCUCUGGGAUGCCAAGAAGUUCCCUAUUCUAACUCCAUCCCUCUUCACAACUGAGGGCCAUCAUUACGAUACUAAACAGAUUUUGACCAACAAUGUCUUGGAUGAGAAAAAGUACCAGGAAUAUGGCUCUCUUCGUAUCUCGACCUUCUUUGCCUUGACCUAUGGUAUUGGUUUCGCUGGUCUUUCCUCCAUGAUGACUCACACCUGGCUGUAUCACCGCCACAAGUUGGUUGCCCAAUGGAAGCAGUCUCGCGAGCAUUCUGAAGAUAUCCACCACAGGUUGAUGCAAGCCUACCCUGAGGUUCCUGACUGGUGGUACGCUGCUCUCUUUGUUAUCAUGACUGUCAUCGCUGUGGUCACCUGCGAAGUCUGGGACUACAAACUUCCAUGGUGGGGUGUCCUCUUGGCGAUUGCUAUUGCUGCUAUUUUCGCCCUUCCCGUCGGUCUGAUCCAAGCCAUUACGAACCAGCAGCCUGGUCUCAACAUUAUCACUGAGUACGUUAUUGGUUACAUGCUCCCCGGUCGUGCCAUUGCCAAUGUUACCUUUAAGACCCUUGGUUAUAUCUCCAUGGCCCAGGCUAUGACUUUUACAUCCGAUCUCAAGCUGGGUCACUACAUGAAGGUCCCACCACGCGCCAUGUUCUGGGCUCAGCUUCUUGGCACCGUCAUUGCUGGCUUGGUCAACUUGUUGACUGCCAACUGGUUGUUGAGCAGCCAGCCCAACAUCUGUACUAAGGAGUCUAAGGACUUCCAAUGUCCCUCUGCCAAUACUUUCUACUCUGCAUCAGUCAUCUGGGGUGUCAUUGCUCCUGAUCGUAUGUUCGGACCUACUUCGAUUUACAAUGCCAUCAACUACUUCUUCAUUUUGGGAUUCUUGUUGCCUAUUCCAUUCUAUUACCUCAAGAAAGUCUUCCCCAACACCUUCUUGGAUUAUGUCCAUAUCCCAGUCUUGUUGGCUGCCACAGGAAUGAUGCCUCCCGCCCAAGCUUACCACUAUACCAAUUGGUUGGCUCUCGGAUUCGCUUUCCAAUUCUUUGCUCGUCGUUAUCACCCCGACUGGCAUUUGCGAUUCACCUAUAUUUUGUCCGCAGCCUUUGAUUCAGGCACGGCCUUCAUGGUCUUGCUGUCCUUCUUCCUCUUCACCAUUCGCGAGGUUGAGUUUCCUGCAUGGUGGGGUACUCGCUAUGACUUGUGCCCUCUUGAGGGCGAGCCUUAUUACCCUGUGCCCCCUGCCCCUACUCCUGCGGCUUAA